AAAAGAUAAAAAAAAGGGCAAAUUGCCCGGAAAUAUCUGACUAUCUGCCCGUCGUCUGUCCAUAGUUGUGAGUACCCCACACGGUCAGCCUUUCUCUCUCUAGAUCAACGGGCAGUCCCAAACUCCCACACUGCCCGUGUCCCAUUUUCUCUCUCGUCUAUCAAUUUUAGUCCUACUAGUAUUAGUAUUAGUAUACAUACUAAACUAAAGGCCUACUUUAAAACCACCCUUCUCACUUUCCCUUCCAUCAAUCCUACGCCACCCACCGUCUCACACCACCGUGCACGGUGGUUCUGGUGCACGGCCUGGUGGUUUAACAAAAAUGGGUCAGGGGAUGAGUUGUGCGUCUCCUAAUAACCAUGAAAAUGGGAUUUUUAAAGCAGCUCAAAUGGGUGAUUUAGAUACUUUAGUAUCAGAAUUAGAAGAUGACCCUUCUCUUUUAUAUGAAUUUUCUCUCUAUGAUCGUAACUCUUUGCUUCAUGUUGCUGCUUCUUAUGGUCAGAUCGAGGUUGUUUCUUGGCUUUUGGAACGAUCUGUUAAUCUUGAUGCCUUAAAUCGUCAUAAACAGACACCUCUUAUGAUGGCUGCUAUACACGGGAAAAUCUCGUGUGUGGAGAAGCUCCUUCAUGCAGGAGCCAAUAUUUUAAUGUUUGAUUCUUUGCGAGGAAGAACUUGCUUACAUUAUGCUGCCUAUUAUGGGCGUUCAGAAUGUCUAAAACUCAUAAUUUCUACCGCCCGUACAUCGCAUGUUGCCAUUUCUUGGGGAUUUGCUCGAUUUGUGAAUAUUAGAGAUGGAAAAGGCGCUACCCCAUUACACUUGGCAGCCCGUCAAAGACAGCCCGAGUGUGUUCAUAUUUUGCUUGAUUGUGGGGCUUUAGUUUGUGCUUCUACUGGAGGAUAUGGCUAUCCUGGGAGCACUCCACUACAUUUGGCUGCUCGGGGCGGAUCCCUUGAUUGCAUCCGUGAAUUGCUUGCAUGGGGCGCAGACCGGCUGCAAAGAGAUGAAUCUGGGAGAAUACCAUACCUAGUGGCUUUAAAGCAUAAGCACAGGGCAUGUGCCGCCUUGUUAAAUCCAUCAUCAGCAGAGCCUCUUGUUUGGCCUUCACCAUUAAAGUUCAUUAGUGAUCUUAAUCCAGAGGCCAAAGUUUUACUCGAACGGGCUCUAAUGGAGGCCAAUAGGGAGAGGGAGAAGACCAUCUUAAAGGGAACUGAUUACUCAGUUUCUUCUCCAUCACAUUCAGAUGGUGGGGAAAUUGAUGAUAGUUUGUCAGAGACUAGUGAAUCGGAACUAUGCUGCAUAUGCUUUGACCAAGUCUGCACAAUUGAAGUCCAAGACUGCGGGCAUCGAAUGUGUGCUCAUUGCACCUUAGCUCUUUGUUGCCAUAACAAGCCAAACCCAACAACAGCAAGCGUAAAUCCACCUGUUUGCCCGUUUUGUCGGAGCAACAUUGCUCGUUUAGUUGUCGCUAAGUUAAGCAUAGAAACCGAUGAUAUUGAUUUGUGCUCCUCGAAGUCAAGAAAAUCAAGGAGAUCAUGGAACUUAAGUGAGGGAAGUAGCAGCUUCAAGGGCCUCUCGGCCUUUGGGAAGAUGAGUGCUCGAGGUUCAGGGAGAAUCAGUGCAGAUGAGUUGAUUGAUAAGCCAAAUGAAUAGAGGAUUUUUGGUGUUUAAAGGUCCGAGCUUUUGAACAGGCGCUAAAAUGGUCAGUCGUGGUCGGUCCAAGAACCUGUUUUGGGUGAAAUUAUAAUUAUAUAAAUAUCUAUACAUAGAAACUGCAUAUGCCAAAAAAAUGUGAUGUGGGAAACGAGGGCAGAGAGGAAAAAUGAAGGAGGAGGAUUGCGGGGGGGGAACUUUUGUUCGGUAAGUUUGUUCUUUCGGGUCAUUAUUUUGUUGUUCUUUGCUUAAAAUUCAAAUGAAGUGCGAGCCAUAAAUUUUUUUGGGGAGUCAGUAGAAACUGUUACUAGUCCCGUAGAUAGCAUGAAUUCUUUUUUUACCUUCUAGAGAAAAUCUUUAUUCAUCAAUGGCUGCUCGAUUAGAUGACGUCAUUGGUCAGACCCUUUGUAAGAGUCAAAAAAAAAACAUAGGGGGUUCAUCACCUACCUUUCAUCCUUCUACCUCGUCGAGUCUUUACCUUUUCUCUCCUCGCCUUCGUUUCCCCUCUUGAUGUAGGAGUAAAAGAGGGGUCAUGGGCAAACCAUGUACUGUUUUUCUUAAUUUUCUAUGAUGUAAAAGCCACAAUACAAUGUAUAUUAUAUCAAGGCUGAACUUCUGGUUUGCGAUAGAAUAAGCUCUUACAAAUUAAAAAAGAUGUACGGAGAUCUAUUGUUGAAGAUAUGCUUAUUGAGUUAUUGGUUCAGA